GGCCAAUAUUGCGAAAUACGAAGAUGGCGAAAGAUUUGAUACGAAUGCCAACCUUAUCGGAAGUUGAUUUGUCUGGCUUGAGUGAGUGGGAGAAAUCCAGCAUUUCCUCCGUAAUGGAGAAGGCAGAGGAGAUACAAAAGAGGGAAGAGAACAACUUAUUGAGGCAAAAAAUGGAAGGUCAGCUAAGCAAGUGGACAAAUCUGAUGAAGGGUUGGCAAUAUCGAUGGUUUGUCUUGAAUUCUGAAACUGGCCAUCUAGAAUAUUAUGUGGACAAAAGCAAAUGGACUCAUGGUUCAGAACCAAGGGGUUCAGUGCAUUUGAUGGGUGCUGUAAUAGCCCCAAGUGAUGAAGACUCUGUAACGUUUAGUGUAAAUGCAGCAAAUGGUGAUCUUUUCAAACUGAGAGCUUCUGAUGCCCGAGAACGUCAACAGUGGAUCAAUAAGAUACGAAUGAUUUCUGAGAUGCAUUCUACACAGCUUGUUAAUAAAGUUCAACAAAGCAGCCAGACAAUAGGUCAGGCGAGUGCAAUUCCGUCGAGUGGUAAACAACCUCAAGGUCAAAAUCUUGUCAAUGCCUUAACAACGGCCGAUAAUACUGACUUGUCGUCCAGCAAGGAACGCAUUACCACAAUAUCGUCUGAGGUGCUCGAGUAUAUGGAGGUUAUCAAUGAACUUCUAAAUACCACGGAAGCGCAACAGAUGGCAUUCAUAAACAAAAUAGAGGAGGCUCCGAAUGAUGGUGAAACAGUUAAUCCUUUGAGCAAGGAUGUGUUGAUAACGAAGGCUACCGCCCAGGCAACGCUUCACUGUCUCUAUCAAUGCCUGGCUAUAUUGCAGAAGCAGAUUGACGAUACGCGUGAUGUUGCAAGGAACUCUGGAAUACCUGAAGACGCCUCAAUACAAUGGUUUGGUCCGCCUGAUACAAAAACAGUGCCAUAUUCACAGCAUCCGCAUCUACUACAUUCGCACAGCAUUCCAUCAAUACCGUCAUCCUCCGGUAGCGUCAGCGGUGGUAAAAAGACUUCUCUGCCGUGUUGUAUCGACAAUUUUGUUGACGGUGUUGAACUCGAGUCACAUUUACAUGAUGAGGUAGACGACGAAUCCGUGAACAAUCAGGCAUUUUCCUUGGAGAAUGAAAAUAUGGAGGAGCAUAAAAGCCUAAUUCUUCAUUUACUUUCAAAACUUAAACUUGGUAUGGAUCUAACCAAGGUUCCUCUCCCUACAUUCAUCCUUGAACCACGAAGCUCACUAGAAAUGUUCGCCGAUUUCUACGGCUAUCCUGAUCUAUUUCUGAAAAUAUCAGAGGAACAUUCAGCGGAAGAGCGUAUGUUAGCGGCAGUUCAAUAUUAUCUGACUUCGUUUUAUGCGGCUAGAAAGGGUCAUUAUUCUAAAAAACCGUACAACCCUGUUCUCGGUGAGAUCUUUCAAUGUUCUUGGAAUACCUGUGCCAGGCAAACGCACGGUGACGUAUCAAACACUGAGACUACCGAGGAGUCACGUGACUGCAGGCUGCGGUACGUCGCUGAACAAGUAUCCCAUCAUCCUCCAGUUUCGGCAUUUUAUGUUGAAUGUCCUCAGAAGAAUGUCUGCAUGAACUGUCAUAUUUGGACGAAAUCAAAGUUUUACGGAAUGUCUAUCGGAGUUGAGCUUAUUGGAGAUGGUGUUUUGACCUUAUUAAACCACGACGAAGAAUAUGUGUUCACAUUUCCAAAUGCAUAUUGCAGGUCAAUUUUAACUCGCCCGUGGACAGAACUUGGUGGUAAAGUGAACAUAUCGUGUUCAAAAACUGGCUAUAGUUCCUCGAUAACGUUUCAUACCAAACCAAUGUACGGCGGUGUACGAGAUAAUAUCACAGGAGAAGUUAAACAUCUUCCAAGUGGCCGUGUUGUUUGCAGGAUCAAUGGACAGUGGACAGAGAAAAUAGAGAUGAUGUUUCCUGAUAAAGGGGUGCAGCAUUUAAAAGUGCUCGAACCGAAGGUGAUGACGAAGACUUGUAAGAAACUACGGCCUCUGUCCUUACAGCAAGACAAUGAAUCCAGAAAAUUGUGGAAUCUCGUAACGGAGGCAGUGAGGAAUGACGAUAUAGAUAAGGCAGCUGAAGAAAAGCGGAAGCUUGAAGAGGACCAAAGAGUGGCAGCCAGGCAACGAGAAGAGUCAGAGACGCCUUGGAAAACGAAGUUAUUCCAUCAACAUGGUGAAAAGUGGCUGUACAAUCAUCAUCUGAGCCUGCGACGAAAGAGAUUACACAGCGCAUCAAGAAAAAGGCAAGAUACUAAGCCGACGACCACGUGACCCCUACAGGGGUAAUCGAUUUUAUCCUCUUACAAAUCAGCAAUCUUCGUAUGUAAAAUGCGCACAGAUUUAAUCGUUUCCGGGUUUUUGACUCCUCGGAGAGCGGAAUUGAUGAAGUUCACAUGAUUCUACUUACGUUGACCAAAUGAAGUAAAUACACCUAUAGAAUGAUCACUCUUUAAAUUUUUAGUUGGAUGGGCGUACACUUGUAAAAUCUAUGUAACCAGAAGGGUAACUCGGUCGCCAUCUUUGAAGCAAAUUUAAAAUCGAGUUGUAGGAUGCUUGUUAUUGUCUUCCCAUUUGACGAUCGCGCUUUCCUACAAUUGGGUUUCAAAUAUGGCGGGUAAUAACCGUCACCUGCAUCCCCAAUUACGCGUCUUUGGACGGUCCAAAUAGAACCUUGAACAAGAUAUCGUCAUUCUUAAAAAUUGUUAGUAAGUGAACUCCGUGAAAACUGAAAUGAUAACUAGGUCGCCAUCUUUGAAGCCAAUUUGAAGCUGAAUUUAAGGACCAUUGCUAGUCCGUUUCUAUUGUUUUUUUUAUCAAUAAUAAAAAGAGACUGGCUUCGGUCCUCAAAUUAUCUUCAAAGAUGGCGUUUCAAAGAUUCCUGUAGUUCACAUUUCGGAAAGAAUUCCAGUUGUAUUUACUUCAUUUCGGUUGGCUGUUGAUUUUAAUAUGACACUGGAGCAAGAUGUCGAAUGGACUCCCGCUUGUAGAGUACGAAUGACGUUUUACCGUACAUUGCUUGAAAUUUCUUGCUCGAAAUAUAUUUGAUGCUUCUUAUGAUUCAAAUAAUGCAGCAAAUUAGCUGUAAGUCAGCAAUGGUAAAAAAAAGAAGGGCAAUGUCUGGGGAAGAAAGGCGUUUAACUAGCAUGAUUAAGUGUGGAGAAAGGAAAUACUUAACAAUGAAUUGGAUAUACAUUGACACAUCGUAAAACGAGCUAUCGAAAAACAAAUACUUUAAAAAAGAAAUUUCACGCCGAAUAGCCUGAUAGGAACGAGAUCUUCCUUUAACGGGCUGACAUGAAACUAAACCUAAUCCUGGCUAAACCUUCUCAAAUGAACAAGCCCUUAGAGGAAUUCACUGGUCUGAAUUCACUGAAGUUCCUCCAUUGAACUUUAGUAUAUAUCUAGGAGCCUAUACCUUGAAAGGCUAAACAAGCUCAAUAUAUUUGUCAGGAGCCUAAUCGUCUGGAGGUCAAAUUCGCGUUUACAUCGCGCCGAAGAACUUGGCUCUAGAGUCUAGACGCUGGGUAGCCUUGCAUCUAUCUCUUAGUUCAAUUAGUUCUUCCAUUGCAGUGAACUACACAACUUAUAUAGUUAUAUUGUGAUAUUGUUCUGUGAUCAAUUUCCGUGGCGUCAUACCUUUGCUGGAUGCCUCCCACUGCAUUCAAAAUUACGCCGACUGGCGUUAGAAGAGCAAUAAAGCUUGGCUCUCGUAAACAUUCGCGGUCUU